AUGCUGGGUGCCGUAGAGUGGGCGCUAGUGGCGGAUCACUUGCUGAACGGUGGUGCCUGGACAAUUGGGGUUUCGCCAGAGAAGCGGGAUCAACUGCGCGACGUCCUCAACCUCAUGCUGACGUGCCGCUCGCUGUACCACAACCUCCCGUGGGCCAUGCCAAAGUGGCGGGCGGCGCGUGGGUUCCUGUGCAGGUUUGUUCCACACUGGCUCGAUACAUUUCAACAGGACGGCGCCGACGCUGAUGCUGCUGCUGCUGCUGCUGCUUCGCAGUGGCUGCUGAACCGCUUUCUGGUGUAUUCCUGGCUCGGGUUCACGUGGGAGAGCACAUGCCCCUUUAUCAUCAAACUACGCCAAGGCGAGGCACGCCACAACUUGAAACAUCCGCUUCGAGCCGACUUUCAACGAUAUGUGCGCAUCAACUUUGACUCUUUGGAGCAGCUCCAAUCGUGGCUUGAUGAUGGGGAGUUGAGGGAGACGGUGAAGAUGAAGAUGGAGGAGGAGGAGGAGGAGGAUGGAUAG